ACGGGCGAGGUGCCGAGGCGCGGCGCGAGGGACUGUUUCCCCGAGUACCUGUGCUGCCAGGAGCCCCUCGGCCUGCUGCUGCUUGGCGAGCCUGGAGAUGGGACACACCUGAGCGACAGCGCAACAUGUCCCUCUACCUGAAACGAGUGGGAAGGGAGGAGACAUUUGUUAUUUCCCCCGACAAGGAAAAGAUAUUGAUUGGUCGCAGUAUACAGUGUGAUAUAAGUUUCCCCAGCCUGCACAUCUCCAGACAGCACUGCCAGAUUAUACGGUCACCUCCAAAUGGUGCUCUUGUCAUUAAAAACAUAAGGGACACUAACUGUACAUAUGUGAAUGAAGUGAAACUUCAGGAUCCUGAUGUGUGUGCAGAGCUUCGAAUUGGGUCUCGUAUUGGCCUUGGUGUACCCCUUGAGCUUGCCACAGAGGAUGGCAUACGCAACAGCAAUUAUGUUUUUCUUAAACUUGAAGGGUUGCAGUCAUCUUUGCAGACAAGGCAAAGUGGAACAAGAAGAACAGAAGUCGGAAGAAACAGUGAAAUGGGAGUUCAUUUACAAUCAGGUGAACCUCCUCCAGUUAUCACCCUCUCAGACCGCUCUCCAGAGACAGCUUGUGUACAGGGUGAUGGUGGAAACUGCCUGAUAUCUAAUCAUACCAACCAGGAACAAAGAGUACCUACUAUAGGGCUGAGACCCCAUGAGGAAUCAUCCAUUGAGGACUUGAACUCAGAAUUAGUGCCUGCUGGAAGCAUUUGCUCAACAUCUCAUGAUGGACCUCCAGUUGCCUUGCAAAAUGGGAGGUCAGGGUCAUCAUGUGCUGCCACAACUAGUGAUGCAUUAGGUCUGAAAGGAAGACUUCAACAAUAUACUGCUGUCAGUGAAGCUGGAAGUGCAGAGGAGUUUAACCAUAUGAGACAACCAGAAAGUACUACUGAGACUUCUCAUAAAGUGAAACCAAAUAUAAUUACAAGUAAAAAUUCUGUGGACCCCAUGCAAGCCAAUAAUUCCUGCCAUAAACCUAUACAAGCUUGUAACAGAGAAUAUGAAUCUGAUCCAUCUUUAGCAAAAAAAGUUGAUGACCAAAAAGGUGAGAUUUCAGUAAGCAAAAAAAUGGUCUGUCAACCAACUUCUGUUAGUAAUAUUAGCUCAGCACAAUCUCAAAGUGCAACAUCAGGUACUAUCAAGGAUAAUGAAGAACCCAGCUCUUUCAUUAGCAUUGAUUUGACUCGCACAGAUCCAGAUUCACCUUCCUGCAGUUAUUUUACUGGGGACACUUCCAAGAAAGAGCAGCUAAAGAAAAUCAUAGCCACUAAUCUAACUUCCUUAGCCUCACCGGAAGUUAAAAUUAUUUCGUCACCAGAAACAUCACAAGCAAAAAGGAAGAGAUUCAAUGAUGAACCUCCUAGUGGUUCAAGUGAAGUUUCCAUAAAGAAGAAAUUCAAGAGAACUAAUCUGGAUGCAAAUAAGAGUGAAGUAUCAAAGGAUGAGGACAUUGAUAGUGGUAAUUUGAUAUUUCCAAUAGAUAAAAAACAGAAUUCACAUGAAAGUGGUCAAAACAAAGCUUUAAAAGACAGUGAUGAUGAGUCAUUAUUUCUCAUGGAAAAACCUAAAGAAAAUAUCAACAAAUCAAGUCAAAAUGAAUUAUCAGAAAGCUGUGACAGUGGGAGUGAGUCAUUAGUGUGCGUGGAAGCAGCUAAGCAGAAAUUAAAUAAGUGCAAAUCACAAAAGGCUUCAUCAGAUAGUGACAGUGACAGUGAUUCCUUAUUUUUUAAAAGGGAAUCUGGUAGCAAAUGUGCUCAAAGUAAGGCUUCAGCAGACAGUAGUAGUAGUGACAGUGAGCCAUUACCACAUAAGAGGAAGUGUAGUCUCAAUCCAAAUUUAAUAUACAGUUCAGAUGAUUCAGACAUUCAAGUUUGUCCUCUAGAGAAGGAAACACACACACAAAAAAGUGUUGAAAAGAGGGAUUUGCCUUCAUGUUUAAAUGUUCAUCCCCAAAAGUGUACAGUUAUAUUAACCAAAUUGCCUUCCUACAUCUCUAAAGACUCAACAGUUGAAGUAGAUAGACACUCUUUCAUAGAAGAUUCUUCUGCAAGUUCAAGUAAGAGAGAAAAUGAGAAUACAGAAAAUAAAUCUUGUUUUGAUAACUCUGAUAGAAGUAAGUCAUCUCAGAAAAAUCAUUAUAAACGUAAGAGGAAAAGGAAAGCUGGCAGUGAGUACUAUUCUUCUCAUAGAUACGAGGAGGGAGUAAUGCAGAAACAUACCACAACAGAGCAAAUGAAGUAUGAUAGAAUGCAGGAUGAAAGUGUAGGUGAACAUUCUUCCCAUCCAGUCAUUGAAAAUACCACUAGGGAAAAUAACAGGGAAGGCUCUGGUGUUCCUCGUCGGAGUGAAAGUAUUUCUGCCUCAUCAGUCUCUCUUACUUCUGCUGACUCGAAACAAAGUAACAAAGUUAUUGAAACUAACGAGGAUUCUAAGGAACCUACCUCUAAGAAUGAUGAAAAAUUAAAAGAACCAAGCAAAAAUGCUGUUGAGGUAUCAACAGAAAUCAAAAUAAAGGUUGAACCUGGUGUAUCAUGUAAAGGUGAAGAAAAUGAUCUUUCAGUAGAAAAUGAUGCUGAUAAAGAUGAAGUAGUAUUUAUGUACUCUCAGGCGGGUGAUGAAAUAUGGAUAUCUAGUGAUGAAGAAGAGGAAACCCCUCCAUCAGCUAAUGCUUCCACAUGCCUAGAUGAAGCAUUGGAUUUCUUCUUUGUAGACGAGGAUGAACAAAAAAUAGCCAAUGCUGAAAGAUGCAGUUCUCCUGAAAAUAUGCCUGCUGAGGUUGAUGGUGAAAUGGAUAACCAUGGUUGCAGUGAUGAUGAGGAUCAAUGGUUCCCUAUCCUUUCACAGUCAUUCCUAGACAGCCCUGAUGAGGAGGCUGAUAAAGAUGAAGAAUGUAACAGGGAUUCUAAAGAUGCUCCUCCAAAUACAAUAGAUUCUGAACCCUCACCUGGACCUAGUGGAUUGAGUGAACCAUUGCCUGAUAGUGAGGAAGAUGAAAGUGAUAAUUGGUGGCCAAUUCUCUCACAAGGCUUUUUCGAUGAUGAUGAACCAGAGGUGGAAGAGAAGGAGGAGGAUAUUGUAGGCACCAUUGACAACAAUGAAUUAGAGGCUGAAGGUAGCAGUGACUCAACCAGAGCUGGUGACACAUCAUACCUUCAGUCUGUCAUAAAAAAGGUAAAAAAGAAGAGCCCUCCACGUACAUCUCAGUUGACAGAAGCCAAGAUUCCUCUGCAUAGUUCAAGAAAAAACAACCAGAAGAAAAGUAAUCAGAUGGAAACUGGUAAUUUUAACAAAACAUCAGGGUCAUCAACCACUGUCAAGAAAAACAAUGAUGAAAAGAAACAAAAGCAAAGUGCAUCAAAAAUUGUAGAACCUGUGAAUAAAAUAGGGAAAAAGAAUAAAAGCCAAGACUUGCGAAAAACUUUAACUUCUAAAUUUAACUUGGAUUCAUAUAAAGCCACCAUAGAAUGUCGAAGUAAAGAAAAGCAUCAUCUAGUCAGCAAAAACAAAAGUAAACCAAACAAGCCUCCUUUGGGUCCUCCUCAUUGCAAGAGUUCAAAUGAGAAAACUAUACAUUCUAAAGACAGUGAAAAUAUAUCCAUCCAGAAGAAAGAUAAAUCUGUGGAUCCCACCUCACAGGAUAAGGUUCAUUUUAAGGUGGCAGCUAAAAAUACGAGAAAGUCACGUUUUGAGAAACUGAUAGACUGUGAUAUUUUCUCUAAACCAUCAAAAAGCACAGUUACCCCAAAGAAUAAGGGUUUCAAGAUUCCAAAGUCUUCUGGUAGUAGAACAUCAGGUACUCCAUCUGUGCAUAGUGAAGCACAAGGAUGUAGAUCAGUAUUGGAUAAGAGAAAACAAACAAAGGUAGCAGAGAAUAAAGGUGAACAUGCGCUUCCAGAUACAGCAGAGCCUCAGCCAGGAAGCAGUUCAGAAAAUAGACACAUUAAAAAGCAGACUUUGUCUUCAGCACCAACUGCUGUAAGGAAUGACACCUCUGAAAGGACUGAUGAAAUAUGUAAAGAUUUACAAAGGGUAGAAUUAAAGUGUAAACCUAAAAGAGUUCACUUUCCACAGGAGGAAGAGAAUCUAGUCCAAGUUUUCUUGAUUCCUCCCCGGAAAAAUGGAGAAAGAUCAGGUCCGCCAAGUGUAAGGACGAAGGAGACAUUACCUGAAGAAAUGAUCCUUCACAGAAAAAAUGUUCCCCAAUAUUAUAUGGAGUUGUUUGUCUACCAAGUGUGCCGCUGGAAUUAUGAUUGGCUGGAUUCCUACCACGCUGCUCAAGAGUACUAUCGAGCUGGUGUAUCAAGGAAGAUUCCUCCACCACCACCAGUUGUCAACAGUACAAAUAACCCAACUCUUAUUCUUUAUAACUCAUAUAAUGACUACAAAGAAACACAUAGCUGCCUAUUCUAUCUAGAACUUUGGGAAAAAAUUUAUAAGGAUUGGAUCCUCAAUAAGAACAAGAAUCAUGAUUUACAGGUAUCAAUUGAGUUUGUGAAACCAGCACAUGUCAAAACUUCUUCUAAUUCAUUGAAGUUUUGGGCUGUCAAGUUAAUAGUACCAAUUCCACAACAACAUAAUGUAAGUUUUCAUGACUUUCGGCAGGGAACUCUGAUUGCCCUUAAGAUUCGAAAAGAAGCCAAGAGGAGUGUUAUAUUUGGUUACAUUGAUUACAUGAUGAAUAACAAACAGAUGGCAGUUGCCUCUCAAAACCAAGGACCUGCCCAGAUGAGCCAUAGCAGCUUUUCACUAGGAAUCAGAGUUGCUAAAGAAACAAUUCAAACAGUAAAGCCUGGAACAAUGGUUACUAUGAAUUGGAUUUCUUAUCUUCGUCCCAGUAGCAGAAUUUGGGAGAAUUUGUGUAAGUUACCUCUUUCACCCUUAUGUAAUGACAUUUUGUCUCCAUCUCCUGCAUCAUUUUCAUGUGAAAGGGAAACUAAAUAUUUGGUUAAAAAUUUUCCACUUAAUGAGGUGCAAGAGAAAGCUGUGACUACAGUAAGCAGCAAAUGCAUGUAUGACUCUUAUAUUCCAAAACUGAGCCUCAUCCAUGGGCCUCCUGGAACAGGCAAGACAAGCACUAUUGUUGCACUUGUUGCACAGUUGGUGAUAAUGGGAAGAAGUUCAGGUCAAGGAAGUAAGCCUCACACUAGGCUGUUGAUAUGUGCUCCAUCUAAUGCUGCUGUUGAUGAACUGACAUUGAGACUGGUUCAGUUGCGGGAUACUGGACUAAAUCUUCGGGUUGUAAGAGUAGGAUUCAAAACCAGCAAUCAUCCUUUGGUAAGAAAUGUCACUUUAGAUCAAUUAGUAAGCAAACAAAUGAGAAUGGAAAUCUCCGCACCGAGAUGUGAGUCUGCUAAGCAGGAGUGGCAGAGGAGAAGAAUUCUGGUGCAAGAAGUUGCUGAGGAGCUGGAAAGAGCCCGGAAGGAAGGGAGACAUAAUGAGAUACGACAGCUAGAAGUUCGUCUAAAUGAAAUGGCAAGAGCUAAAGCAGAUUUUGAGAAAAGCUUUACAAGUCAGCCAUCUACUCGUGAGAAGUAUGAACUAGAACAAAAGUGGCAGCGAGAAUUCCUACUAAAUGCAGAAGUUCUUACCACCACCCUCAACAGUUGUGUGUCAGGGGUCAUGGGAGAAGUGCUUGGCAAAUACCAAUACCACUUCACAUGCUGCAUUGUGGAUGAAGCAGGGCAAUGUCAAGAGACAGAGGCUUUAUUACCUCUUCUUCUUGGCAUCAGGAAAAUGGUGUUGGUAGGUGACCACCACCAGCUGCCAGCUACUGUACUGUCCCAGGUGGCCUUAAGCAAGAAUCUGAAGCAGUCUCUAUUUGAACGAAUCCACCAUCGCCUGGUUCUGGAGCUGCAGCGAGAGGAUCUUGUACAUACACUAAAAAUGCAGUACCGCAUGCACCCUGAAAUAGUGGCAUGGCCAGCUCAACAUUUCUACAUGAAUAAACUCACCACUUCUCCUGCAUUGGCCGUACAAGCCAAUGUCAUUCUCCAGCCAUACAUAAUUUUUGAUCUCAAGAACUCCCAAGAAGAAAGGCUCAAUAAUCAAGAGAUGUAUAACCCAGCUGAAGCAUCCCUGGUAUAUAUGCUGUUGGGGGUUCUGCAGCCACAUUUGAGUAAAAAAACAGUUGGCAUCAUCACACCAUACCAGCGGCAGAGAAUUUACCUUGAAGAAAAACUGGCUAAGUUCAAGGCAAUAAUAAAUCUCUCCAUCAACACAAUUGAUGGUUUCCAGGGCCAAGAGAGAGAUGUGAUCAUCCUGUCUUUUGUGAGGGCCAACAACUCCGCCAGUAUUGGCUUCCUGUCCCAUCGCCAGAGGUUGAAUGUAGCACUGACCCGAGCAAAGAAAACUUGCUACAUAGUAGCCAGUCUUUCCUCUUUUGAGGGCAAUGAAGAUUGGAAAUCACUCAUAAGAAAUGGAAGAACUCGUGGACUUGUCUGCCCUGUAUCAAGUAGGGAAGAAAAUGAUGAAAACUUCCUCAGAUCAGUUGUAGUGAGAAGAGAUUACAACAAAUGAAUGGAAUUCACUCCUUAGAAGUUGUAGAAUGCAUGGACUUUUUUGCAGUGUGAUGUAAGAAUGAAAAUUACUGAAACUUCAAGGAAGAUUUAUAGGACUGACAUGACUACCAUUGUAUGUGGCUGUCACAUAUGUUAUCUGUGAUAGACAAAUAUUAAAGAAAUAUUGUACUUAAUACUUUCCAAACCAGACAUGUUCUUGAUAAUCCUUACUCACAUAAGACUCUCUUUAAGGAGAAAGUGAAAAGGAUGGGAAAAACUAACACACACACAACUGAUUGGCCUAAUCUGACAUCUUUUUAUCUUCACUUCAUUGUUUUUCCACAUUUUUUCUUUGAUCUUUCUGCAAUACCAGGACAAGCCAUGUCGCUCAGUCAUGAUGAGUUGUGCUAGCAGUCUCGUCUUCCACACCUGGCCUAAGAAAGCUUUUGUGAUGGGACCUGUUGGUUGACCCCAACCCAUUAGUAGCACAGGGAAGUGUUCCAUAGUGGUGCCAUUCUUGCUUGACUCACGCUGCCCCCCAGAGCUCCACUUGAUCCUAUUUAGAGUACGCUGCCCCCCAGAGCUCCACUUGAUCCUAUUUAGAGUCUCAUUAGAGUCUGGGUUGAUAGGUGGUCAUCAGGACAGCACGUGGGUUGUCCUGGCCACUCCGUGAUGACUGAAAAUUGUAAGCUUGUAGCAGUGGGCAGGACUUUAACCUGGGUCCUGCAGACACCCUGCCUUCACCUUGACCACUGCCUACCCCCUGCCUCCAUCCUCAGUGUAGACACAGUUAUCAUUUUGCUUUUAUUCAUCCUUGCUUAGAUUCAUCCUUAUCUUUUAGGACAGUGGUGUCCAAACUUUUUCGCCUGUUGUACCCUGUAUUACCUUCUCCUACUGUUACGUACCCUCCAUGACUGAUUAAACUCAAUUAUGUUAUAUUAUAUUUAUAUUAUAUUAUAUUUAGGUACAUGUAUAUUGGGCGUCCUUCCUAGGUACUCGUCCCUCCCUCUCUCCUUUCCUUCAUAGAUCAUGGGAAGUUUCUGCUGUGUGUGUGUGUGUGUGUGUGUGUGUUCAUCGUCUUUUCACGUACCUCUUUGAUCUAUGCUGCGGACCCCAGUUUGGACAACACUGUUUUAGGAUAUUUCUCCUAACUGUCACUGAAAUCGGUCAUUGCACAUAUCUUCCUCCUAAUCAUCAAUAAUAAAUUUACUCAUCAAAAUCUCCACAACCAUCAUCUGAAUCUUCUUCAUCCUUUGGCAUUAUUUUCUGACCAAAAAGCUCAAUUUUCCUGGUUUUCUCCUCCAUAAAUUUCAUCAACAUAAUCUUCAUCUUGUAUACUCUUCCUCCUCCUCUGAACCACUCACUUUGCUUCCCUUGGAGGUGGUGGUGGUAUUGUGGUGGCAGGUGAUAGUCAUGUUACCUCCACAACGGUUUCAUUGAUUCACUAAGCUUAAUAUUCUUGUUGUUGAAUUCCUUUAAUUUUAUUUGCUAUUUGUGUACUGGUAAUUCACUCUUUUUAAGUCUGUCUGUGUCUUCACAAAAUACCUGCAAUGGGUUCAUUAAGCUUCUUCUUGUGACAUACACUCUUAUCGGUCUGUUUACAGUUAUCAGCUGAGCAGCUGCUUGUAGUUAUGAUCAAGUAUUUAUUACAUAUUCCAUAUUUUUGUCAUCUGAGUUUUAUAGAGAGAAGCAUUUAUUACGAAAUACUUUGAAUGAUAUACGCUAAAGCACUUGCUGAAAUUGAAAAAUAAAAUGGCAGACACUUUGUAACCACUGCCAACUGUGCAUCCUUUGUUGACACGUAAUGAAAGCCUUACAUGUUAUAGUUAAUCUCUUAGAUGUGUGCUACAAGUCCAGAGCAGUUAGUGAAUGCUGUCGAUUGCCAGACAUUUGUGGUUCCCAGACAGGUGCCUCCCCUGUCGAUUGGCAGACGUCUGUGGUUCCUAGACAGGUGCUCCCCUCUAUUACUUCCGGAAAUCGAGGUUCAAGUAUACAGUCGUCCCUCAAAUAGUACGGUUUCCAAUAAUACGGUUUCGGUUUUAUACGGAUUGUCAUGGAAGUUUUUUUUUUAGGAUUUUUAAAUUUCCCAUUCAUCACACCAAGUAGUCAUGGCGUGAAUGGCAACACUGUUCUACCAAAACACCUACUGAAAGCACCCCAAAGCGUUCAAGAUAGGUGUUCACCUUGCAAAGGAAUUCAGAUUUAACAGAAGUUACGUUUUGGGAUGUGUUAUGUUGCCGUAGGGAGAGCAUAGCAAGUGAAUGAGAGCAGUGUUCGCUGUAUCUAUCAUCUUGGUCUUGGUUCAGGAGGUAGUUGUCCCUUUUGGUCCUAACCACAGCCUUUGAAAUGGCUUACUCCCUCUUGCUGCAGUAACUGCCAGUGCUCCAAGAGUGCUGCAAGAGUGGAGAUAAAGGCCAUCCUUUUACGAAGCCUCGUCAUUGCUAUGGUAACAGCGUCUCACUCGCAGAAAAAUGGCGUACGCUGAUCUUCCUGGCAACGUUUAACAUGCAUUACUAGCUGUCCUGGCUGACAAACUCCUUAUAACAGAAGAUGAAAAGGAAGCUGCAGUGGUUAUGGUGGUACAGAGAUGUGAAAUGCAAUGGAAACACUUAUAUGUGUUUGUUUGGGCUGCCACGUUUGCUGAUGAUGUCAUCACAGCACAAAGGCGCUCCACCUCUCAAAGCCGGGAGCCAGCGGACAGACGUGCCGAGGUGGCAACUUAUGCUGCCGCAUCAAGCGAUUGAGAGCACUCGGGAUGUUCCGAGAGUCCUGAUUCCCUCUCUCAAACGCACCCCAAGUGUGUUUCUAAAGGGGGCACUAAUUUUAUAUGGAUUUUCGAAUAGUACGGGGAUCCUGGGUCCCUAACCCCCGUACUAUUUGAGGGACGACUGUAUAUAAUUACUUUCUUCAGUGAAUCUCUGUGGUGCAGUGGUUAGCAUGCCUAACUAAGAAUCUGCAGGCCAGGGUUUAAAUGCCCUGCCUGUGCAGUUGGUGUGCAACCAACCCAGCUGUUCCUCCUUCCUUUCAGGAUGGUUGAUAAAUGGAUACCUGGGAAUGGUAAACUGUGAUAACCUGAUGUUGCACUGGCCCUGUGUCCUGGGUUAAUGGGUUCUCACCCACCAGAGGUCCAAGGGCGAGUAGUAUUGAGAUGAGCACCGUAGCCAAACACAGCUAAUAGUGUAUGCUUCCAACUUUUACCUAUCCUUUUCAAUCUUGUAUUUAUCAACAUAGUUUAUCAUCCCUUCUUUUAUGUCCUGAAGGAUAUUACUGGUCUUUGGCAAAUACAGGCACCACUUUCUUCAGCAGCUUGCUCAUCCUCAGCAGCCUUGGCCAAUUUGUUGAAACCUAUUUUGGCUCCAUUUUGUUUCACAUAAGUUUUUCUUCUUAUCCUCGGUUAUGUUUGUUUUCUUUAGAUCUGUUCCCUUCUCUGAGGUCCAUAGAAAUGUGGUUUUGCUGGGUGACUUGUUGACUCCUGCCUCUCAAUUGAUGAACUCCUGUAAUUGGACCUUUUUUGUUUUUAGAUGAGGUGGUUAACCAUCCAUCUCUUCUUUGUCACUCUCCUUGUCCUAAUCCACUCUCACUCUUCUCUGAUGCUUUACUAGUCUUCUUUCCCUAUAACUUCUUAGCCUCAAGUAUGACCUGCAGCAGUUUAAUCAUGUUGGGUUCAUAUUGUUCUUGUUACAUACUUCUCAUAUUGUUCUCAUGCAGGUAGAUAGUGAAGGCAGGUUAAUUUUUUACUAUCUUAUUUCUUCAGUAAUUUUGUCUUGUAUUCCUUGCUUGAACCCACAUGAUACUCAUCUUCUUUGCAUUGUUCUUGUUUCUAUUGAACUUCCAUUUUGGUGAAUGAAAGCCCUCACAUAGUGUCUGGUGAUCAGGUGAGACUUUUUUAUAUCUUUUAUGCACACACACACACACACACACACACACACACACACUACUAAUGAUGAUGGUGGUGCUUGUAUGAUGGUGAUAAAAGUAAUCAUCAUUCCUUGACUUUCCUACAAUGCUCAGGCUGAGAAAGUGUUAUACACAUCUUAAAAAGGAGGAAAAAGUCUCUCCUGUCACUUCCUCCCUCUCUUCCAGCAUCCUAUAAACCUGCCUUUUAAUUCUUACAGGGAGUAAGGGCUUAAGGAUGACUAGUACAUAAGAAUUAAGGAAUUAAUGCAUGUCAGCGAUCUUUAUACAAUAUUUGAAGAUGGGAAUUAAGACUUAAGAAGAAAAUAUCAAACAUACAGGAAGUCUUCAUUUACCAAUAUAAAAUUGGACAGACUUCCACUAGAUCUAUAGCUGGUAUAGUUCCCAGGUUCUAGGUGCUGUGACUUUGAGAGAAAAGAUGGUGGAAAAUUCCAAUCCUUAUAAUAUGAAUACAUAAAGCUCCUGCUUGCAUAGUAUGAGUAAUAAGUAACUCAUUAGUUGCUCAGUUAUUAUAUAGCUAUCAAUGCCAUUCCUUGUAUAAAAUUUUCAUAUUCUAAACCCAUCUUGCACUAUCAAGAAACUAUAUAAAAUUUAGGUAUAUAUUUAAGGAGGAAUGGGAACAAAUAAGAUGACUUGUGCCUCAGCAAGCAUAGCUAAUAAGUUAGGCUCUACCACUUGUGAGAUUAUGAUGACUCAUAGUCUUACUGACAUGUAAAUAUAAUAGUAAAUGUAAUUAGCUCCUCAAAUGGAAUAUUUGUGUUAAUAUUACUAAUUUUCUGGAUAUAAAAGAAUAAAAUAUUUUCUUAAUUUA